AUGAAGUCCACCAUUAUUCACGCUGCUGUUAUGAUCUUGUUUGGUACUGCGUCGGCUGUUGAACUAGCCUGCUACGGCACUGGAGUCCCCUCGGCUAUCAGAAAGGGCGAUGUCGAGUACGCCAUCAAGAAUCGGUCCGACGAACUAGGUAUUCCUGGAGGCACCAAGUUUUCGCUCCGUUGGAAAACUUGUACCGAUCCUGAGAACAGUCCUAAGGACAUUGCUUUUAUUACAACACCCAGCACCCUUGCGAACUAA